AUAUGUCAAUUACCUGUCAUGUUAACUGUCAUCGCUGAUCGCUAAAGUGAAAUAGGAGUUGGGAAAUUGUUACUUUAUAUAAAAAGUAAAAAAAAAAUCACUAAAAUAUAAGUGACACGCAAUUCUAUUUGUGUUCCCACUUAUAGUUUUUAUUUAGAGUAGAUUUAUUAAUAUGGGUAUAGAAAACAUGCGUCGCUGGCCUAUGUACAUUAUUUUUGCUGUGUGCAUUUUGUUGAUCCUUUCACUAUUAAACAGUUGGAGUCUAGAGAAUGAGUUACGAAACAAAAUCGCCGAGGUGAGUACACAACUUCAAGAAUGUUCAAAACAGCAAACAACAUGUAUGGAGGAAUCUUUAACUUUGCUCGAACAGCGCGAUGGCUACGUCACGAAAAUAAACGAUUUAGAUAAACAAAAAAGUAAACUAGUCGACGAUGUUGCGGAAUACAAAGAUAAAUUGGCCAAGUCCGAAGUUCAAGUGAAUAGUACUCGCGUAGAUGUAGAACUGUGUAAGACAGAGUUGCAGUCCUUGAAAAACUUGCAAGAAAGUAGAUCGGCAGUCUUAGAUAGUUUACGUGUCGACAGAAACACCUUAACAGCUCGACUGGCAGAACGGAAACAGAGAGUUGAAGAGUUGGAGAAAGAAGUAGAGAAACUCAAGAAUGCAUUAACUACGAAAAGUGUUCCCAAUCCAUCUGUAGCCCCCAAGGUUACUCCAGCAGCUCAACCUCCCAAACUGAGUUCUGCAUUGAAUGUUAACAAUCCAAUUAAUGAACCAGUUCUUGAGAAUAAUGCUAAAGAAGAAUUAGAAGACACAAAUGUAUUAAAUGAUGGCAAUGAUUUUGAUUCACAGUUGCAGUAACAAGUCUGGUAAUACAUCAUUUGUAAUACACAACAAAGUAUCUGAAACUGUAUUGCAUUUUAUUCCAUAUGUUUACAUUUUUGAUAUGAACAUUUUUAUGUAAUAUUUUUACAAUAAUUAUGUUAAUUAGCAAGGUUUUAGUUGAAAAUAUUAGAAUUGGACAUGUUUUAUUGACCUAAAAGCUCUCUUGUAAUUUGCAGAAUGGUCCAAGGCUAAUAUUAAAUGAUCUUUAUCAUACUUUCAUACUAUUUUAUGAUAGCUAAGAAAAAUGCAAUAAAAUUGAUUGGAAAUGGUCAUGUGGCAUUUUAAAAAUACCAGCCGACUAUACAUUAUUUUAUAUAAGUUUUAUAAUGCUUGGAACAUUUAAUUGGACUAUAAGUUGCAUAUAAAAUGCUUGUAGCCAGAAACAAAGAAAUCUCUUGUUUAAUAAUGCAUAGUAAAAUAUGGAUUUAACCUUUUGACCUUAUAUCUGUUGCAAUACUCCCUGUUAUAUCAUUAAACCCUAAACAUUCUAUUUACAUAUUUAAGUAUGGCAAGUUGUUAUAUAAUUUAAAGUUUUGUUUGUUAGUAAUAUCACACAAAUUAAUGUAAACUAUAUCAUGCAAAAAUAGGGUUAGCAGACAAACAUGGAAAGGUGCUCACUUGAAAUUAAUAUUAUAUUGUGUAAGUCAAAAGGUUAAUAUUUUGAUUAUGCAAAGACUUAAACCUAAUUCUGUGGGAAAAGUGUUUGAAGUGAUAAUAUGCCAUCACAUUUGUUGUGUGUUUGAAGUAAUUAAUUAUUGUUUUGUGUACAUGUAUUGUCCAUUAUAUUGAAUGCUAGUAGAAUAGAUGUAAGUAACUCCUUUUAAUUGGAGACAGCAGAGGCAAUAUACACUAAGUAAGUAGAUGUGUAAAAAGUCAAUCCAGCAAUAUAGUGUGGGGUAUUGGCCGAAAGGCUAUCGAAGAAGCCAAGACACCAUACAUUACUUUAUUCAUAAUAAAAUAUAACAAUCAGUUCAAUUGAAAUAGCUUUCAUUUAAAUUAGCCUCACAUUGAACCAUACUGAAAUAUUGUAUACAUAAAUAUGUUCCAAUAACUGCUCAGUGUGAUUACGAGUGUGCAUAUCAAUUGAAAAUUUCAUGCACAUUUUAAAUAAAGUACCUGCAGACUUUUUUUUUUUUAGCGAACUUAACACUCUCUUGAUGUCCUGUGAAAUAACUAUCAAGCAAAUAAAAAAAAUCAUUAGCACAUUUGAUCCAAAAUAGUUAAUUGUGUAGUAAAAAAAAAACAUGUCUACAGGAACAAUCAUGCAACAAAGCAAUGACCCUACUUGUGUGCAAGCAUUAAAUGUAUGAAGCAUACCAUGUUAAGAUGUUGAGGAAACUUAACAUAUAGAGUUAUAGUUACAAAUUGUCUUCACAAUUUAUAUAGUAUGACAUUUUCAGUUUGUAAAAUUAGUAGCUUUUAGUUAGUCAUACAAGUAGAUGGACGGUGUAUGCCAUUAUGGUGCCACAUAUUUAUAUGUUAGAUCUGAACCAGUAUUAAUUGCUCAAUCUGGAUAUUUUCGUAAUUCAUAGUGAAAUCUUACUCAUACUGGUUUAAUGUGUCCUUUUAUUUUUGUAGGGAUAUAAAAAAAUCAUAUUAAUGUACCAAUAUUUGCAAUUAUACAGAAUUAUCUCAUCAGGAGGUAGUAAAGAAAUAUUGGUAACAUUUAGCCAGCAAUUUUGUGUUCAACUUUUUACAAAGUUGCUUCUUGAGAUAAUUCGGGACAUUAUCGAGGUCACAAAUGCAAGAAUGGCCCAAUUUUUUGUAUUCUAUGAGAAACUGAACAUGUAAAAUUUGUUUCAAAUAUUAUUUCAAAUAGUAUAGUAUUUAAGUUCGUACAGUUUCAUAGAGAAUUAUAAUAAAUAUACAUAUAAGUAAAUAUAUGUUGACAAUUAUAUAUGCACAUAAGCCAUUCUUGCACUUAUGGCACAUCCAUUUAUUUAUUUAUGUAUGACUAUGUCUAAGAAUAUUUCAAGAUUUCCUAAAUAAUACAAAAUGUUUAUUUCUAAA